UACGCCCCCAGCCUUCACUCAACUUCACUCACGCUUGGCACCCGCUGACAACUGCGAAGCUGCUACUUGGAAACAGAGAACGAUUCAGAACGCGAACGUCCGCCCCAUCCGGGAAAUCUGUUCGGCACGGCUCCGUCUUGGGAAUCGGACCCGCCUGCACUCACGCGCAUAUAAUAAUAUAUUGGGCACUUGGGUAUCCACGGGCCCGCAUACAUCAUUUUGCCUCGGGGAGCCAUAGUCAUGUUCUUCUUACUUAUUACUUGGCGCCCGUCUCAGACCCCAACACGCAUCUCCCCAAUUCCCUCUGCCAAGCCGACCGCUUCUGACUCCAACCCACCGCGCAUGUCAUUUGUCUCGGAUGUGGCGGUGUCGGAUGGAUCGAUUCGAACAUCUAGAAUAUCAUUCAUUGAUCGUGGCAGCGUGACUCGGCGAGGUCGAACCUGCGCGAGUCGAGUUUGCGCAACAUUCACCGCCGACACGCCAACCCGCGGACCGCGGACCGCGAGCCCACAGCUCGCUGUCAGCGGAGAGCACGGUGCGAUCGGCCCAGACAAUGGGAAUGGAGGAAGCAGCGAGAGGCCGGCCACGAGGCGAGCAACGUGUGCGGCGGACAGCAAAGGGCCCUUUGGAGACUCUAACAACAUUGCUGUGAUGCUGCGGUUUCUUUCUCUCGCGUUGUCGCGGACAGGCGUG